AUCGCUUUAGGGCGAAGAGGACAAUGCGCGCGCAGCCCCCCGCUUUCUUCCGCACAAUCGGCAAGCUCUAUAUAUGACGUCACCGGAGUAGGUCGCGGCACUGAGCUGACGGCUGCAUUCAGAAGUCGAGGAACCGUGAUUUACUAUUACCACGAGUUCAGACGUCAUUUUUUGCCAUGGCAGAGUCUUUGGAACAAAUGCCUAAAUCGGAGACGAUCAGGCUCCGCGAGCGCCAUAUCGGCCAGUCGUGCAAAUUGUUUUACAAGUCGAAUCCGCUGAAGAUCGUCAGAGCCGAGGGGCAGUACAUGUACGACGAGAGGGGGAAUCGUUACUUGGAUUGCAUCAACAAUGUUGCCCACGUCGGCCAUUGCCAUCCAGCGGUGGUUCGCGCUGGCCAGGAGCAAAUGGCGUUGCUCUCCACCAACAAUCGUUUCCUCCACGAUGACCUGGUGAUCUGCGCGAGUCGUCUGACUUCGCUGCUUCCGGAACCACUCUCCGUUUGCUUCCUGGUGAACUCUGGCAGCGAGGCCAACGAUCUCGCCCUGCGUCUCGCUCAGACGCACACCAAGAACAGCGACAUCAUCACUCUCGAUCAUGCUUAUCACGGCCAUUUGACCUCGAUGAUCGAUAUAUCGCCGUACAAGUUCAACAAACCGAACGGACCUGGCAAGAAGGACUGGGUUCACGUGGCACCCUGUCCAGACGUCUACCGUGGAAAGUAUCGCGAAACCGACUAUCCAGGCGAGGAUCUCGGGGUGAAGUACGCGAACGACGUGAAGGACAUUUGCCAGAACCUGAAGACGCAGGGUCGCAACGUCUGCGCGUUCAUCGCUGAGAGCCUGAUGUCCGUCGGAGGACAAAUUCUACCCCCUCAGAAUUAUUUCAGAAACGCGUACAGGCACGUUCGCGAGGCUGGCGGCGUUUGCAUCGCCGACGAGGUCCAAGUUGGCUUUGGCAGGGUGGGAAGUCAUAUGUGGGCCUUCCAAGUCUAUGGCGAAGACGUCAUCCCCGACAUCGUCACCGUGGGCAAGCCCAUGGGCAAUGGACACCCAGUGGCGGCUGUCAUCACCACCCCAGCCAUCGCUGGAAGCUUCAAAGCCACUGGGAUCGAGUACUUUAAUACGUACGGUGGCAAUCCUGUCUCCUGCGCGAUAGCGAACGCCGUGAUGGAAGUGAUAGUGCAGGAGAAUCUUCAGGAGAACGCGCUCAAGGUGGGAAAGUACUUGCUCUCCGAGCUGAGGAAGCUGGCCAAACGGAGGAAGAUAAUUGGUGACGUGAGAGGCGUGGGACUGUUCGUGGGUAUCGAGCUGGUGCGCGACAGGACCAAGAGGAUACCAGCGACAGCGGAGGCGAAGUACGUCGUCAACAGGAUGAAGGACAAGAAGGUCCUCGUCAGCAGCGACGGGCCCGACGACAACAUCCUGAAACUGAAACCGCCCAUAGUCUUUACCAUCGACAACGUCAACCAACUCGUCUCCGUCCUCGACGAGGUCCUUCAGGAAGUCGACGUAGACGGCCAAGAGGAAUACGAGCCCAUGACGAUCAUUAAAGCCACAAUCUCGCAAAUGGACGUCGAGACGGACAGUACCGCGCGCACCGCUGGGAAACCGCUUCUCGUCCGCGCUAAUUAGUAUUUAAGAGAAUUAUAUUUAUGAAACGCACGGCGCUUAUCGCGCGAUAUGCUUAAAGUAUUAUUAACCGUGACAUGGACGGCUAUUGUCGUAUGAUUUUGUUGUGGAUGUUAUCGAAACAGGAAUGUAAAUCGAUGGAGGGACAUGUAAUUGUAUAAUUAAGUUCCAUUCGUCGUUAACGAGUGGAGGAUGAGAUGACCAAAAAAAAAAAAAUAUAUUUUAAUAAAUGUUAUUUUUCCGUA